AUGGCUGACAUUGGCACCGACUCUGGAAAUCUCUUCCGUCUAAAAGACGUUCUCUCAUAUUUCUCUGCUGUCAAAGGUGAUCUCUCCAACGUUACUGCCCCGCCUUUUAUUCUAGCCCCGAGAUCGGCCAUCGAGAUUCCAGCCGCUUGGGCAUGUCAUCAUGAUCUCUUCCUACAACCUUCUGAAGAACCCGACGCCGGAGUGAGAGCGUUACUUUUGGCAAAGAAUUAUGUAUGCAGUCUUAAGCAACUUGUCGGCGCUGAUACGGAAGACGCGGGUAAGAAGCCAUUGAACCCGUUUCUCGGCGAAAUCUUUCUCGGCUCGUACUCCGACAAGGCUGGCUCCCAAUCACAAUUAAUUGUCGAGCAAGUAUCACAUCAUCCACCAGUCACAGCUUGUUCGAUAUACAAUAAAGAGCGUGGGAUAUCAUCUCGAGGGUUUGUGGGCCAGGAGACAUCUUUUAGCUUGGUCAGCGGAGUCGCAGUACGACAGACUGGCUACGCUAUUAUCAAGGACGAUAAACACGACGAGACACAUCUCAUGACCAUGCCAACAAUUCUCGUCAAGGGAGUCACAACAGGAAAUCCAUACCCAGAGCUGGAGGGUCCAAGCUACAUCACAAGCUCGAGUGGCUACAUGACAAAAAUUGAGUUUUACGGAAAAAGAGCAUUUGGGUUCGGAGAAAAGAACCAGGUCGUUGCCGAAAUAUUUGCGCCAGACAACAAGAAAGAACCACUAUAUUGUAUUACAGGACAAUGGACUGGUAAUUUAGUUGUCCAGGAUUCGUCAAAGAACACCCUCGAGGAGUUUCACAUCGAUAAAAUACCUGUAUCUCCACUAAGCGUCGCGCCUCUAGACAAGCAGACACCAUGGGAAUCGCGACGCGCUUGGUCAAAGGUCACGCACGCUAUCAAAGAACGAAAUAUCGAAAAAGUUUACGCUCACAAGAGUGCCAUCGAGGAUUCACAAAGAAGACGACGCGUGGAAGAAGAGAAGAAGGGUGUUGAAUGGAACAGACUCUUCUUUAAAAGAUCCGUCAAAGAUGACACAGUCGCGGAAGAGCUUCUGGCUAUGAUUCCAGAGAGACUUGAGGGUAUAGACUUUGCAAAGACAGAUGGGUCCUGGGCAUUUAUUGGAGUUGAUGAAACGGAGCAGUUGAAAGCGAAUUUGAGUACGGACACAUUACCAUGA